CCGACUUAGGGUUGUUGACUAACGAAAAGUCAUUUUCCUUUUCUCCUUUUUCUCAGCGAUUAGCGACUUAGGGUUGGCGAGUGGCGGCUUACGGUUGGUGACUGGCAAGAGAAGAGAUUGUGUGGAGAAAAAUCUAGGGUUUCUUUGAAAUUGUAGAACUAUAAUGAGGAUUAUCACUACCUGCGGAUUUAGAUACACUAUGAUAGGACAGAUGAGUGCAAAGAGUGAUGUUUAUAGCUUUGGAAUUGUCCUACUGGAACUCUUAACUGGGCGGAAGCUUGUUGAUCAUACUCUGUCGCGUGAGCAGCAGAGCCUUGUGACAUGGGCAACUCCAAAACUUAGUGAAGAUAAGGUGAAGCAAUUCGUUGACUCUAAGUUAAAUGGAGAACAGCCUCCUAAGGUAGUUGCAAAGUGCAAAAAUGUAUGGGCCUGGGCUAUUGGCCCAAAUAAUGAAGAAUUGAGCCCAGUAUCUUCACCGCCAAAAUCAGAUUACGAACAAAUAACCGCAACAAUUCUCCUUCCACGCGUUACAAUUGGACUCGGAUUUCUUUGA